UGAUUCUUUCCCAUUUCAAUGAAUAUGACAUUACGACUUAUACUAUUGGAUUACUAAUUGCUUUCUUCGUCCAGGUCUGGUGCUGAAGGACAUCAUAGAACGCUACUUCGUGUCCCCGACGUUGCUUCGAGUGGUCCGCGUGGCGAAGGUGGGCCGAGUCCUGCGUCUAGUGAAGGGAGCCAAGGGCAUCCGAACGCUCCUCUUCGCCUUAGCCAUGUCCUUGCCCGCGCUCUUCAACAUCUGUCUGCUGCUCUUCUUGGUUGUAUUUAUCUUUGCAAUCUUCGGCAUGUCAUUCUUCAUGAACGUCAAACACACUGGGGGCUUGGACUCUGUUUACAACUUCGAGACGUUCUUCCAGUCUUUCAUUUUGCUGUUCCAAAUGAUGACGUCAGCUGGGUGGAGUGAUGUACUUUCUGGCAUUAUCAAUGAGAGGAACUGCCGGCAGCCUAAUCCAGAGACCGGCGAUCCUGGUAACUGCGGUAACCAAGCUAUCGGUAUAGGCUACCUAAUGGCCUACCUGGUAAUGACCUUCCUUAUCAUUAUCAACAUGUACAUCGCUGUCAUCCUCGAGAAUUACUCCCAAGCAACAGAAGACGUGGAAGAAGGUCUCACCGACGAUGACUACGAUAUGUACUAUGAGAUCUGGCAGCAGUUUGAUCCCAAAGGCACACAGUUUAUCGAAUUCUCCACUCUCUCACAAUUUUUGGAUGUACUAGAGCCUCCCCUUCAGAUUCACAAGCCAAACAAGUACAAAAUCGUGUCAAUGGAUAUCCCCAUUUGCAAAGGAAACCUUGUAUUCUGCGUUGAUAUCCUUGAUGCAUUGACUAAGGACUUCUUCGCUCGUAAAGGAAACCCAAUUGAAGACUCUGGGGACAUAGGUGAAGUAGCACCGCCUACAGACAGGCCUGGUUACGAACCAGUGUCCUCAACGCUAUGGCGUCAACGUGAAGAAUAUUGCGCUCGACUAAUACAACAAGCGUGGCGCAAACACCGUCAGCAUAAAGACCUCUCCUCACUCUCUGGAGCUGAUUCCCAAGAAGACUUCAAGCAAGCAGAUACCGCCGUCCUGGUGGAAAGUGAUGGAUAUAUAACAAAAAACGGCCAUAAGGUGGUGAUUCACUCGCGAUCACCAUCGUUGACGUCACGGUCCACAGAUGUGUGACUGAAAAAGGCGAGUAAAUAAGUUGUUGCUUUUUAUCUACUAAAAGGAGCCAGUUGUGAACAGCUUUAUCGAAAGGCUAUUGGCACACAGUCGUUUGCUAAGUGAAAAAAGCUCGACUAGAGGUCCAACAAGGCUCUGAUAUUAAAUAUAUGUAAA